AUGGCUACAGUCCAAAACACCCAGGAUGCCGCCUUACCACAACCCAGCCCACUGUUUGACGACGCAGGUCCUUUGGCUGACCCUCAAGAACGGCGAGUCAUUUUCGCUGCCCUGGAUUCCUUCCACCAGUACCGGAUUAACUCACACUUCAACACAACCCAUCGGAGGAGACAGAAUUUCUACGCUCUCCCAUCAGCUCAAUGGCGAAUGCUUGCCGCUCCACCCUUUUCCAUCCGCGACACCCUGAGUGCCGUUGAUGAUGCAAUAGACCACAAUGCCGACUUAGCAGAGCAAAUCUUUCAGCUGGGGUUAAGUGCAUUCGCCCUCCCCGAAAACCCACCCAAAGACUCCGAGAUGAACUGGAAAGGGAAGGCCAAACCAAAUGACAUGGCCAAAGCUCACUCUACCAUCCGUCAGUUCUACAGAGAUUGGUCUUACGAAGGUUUCACUCGCGAGGUCGAACCGCUCCUCAACAUGAUAAUCUCAGACCUCGCCGCACAUCUCUCCACGACACGAACCGAGAAUCAGUCUCCGUCGCUCCUUUUGCCAGGUGCCGGGCUCGGCCGUGUCCUCUUUGAACUCGCUCUACGAGGCUUCCACGCGACAGGCAAUGAAAUCUCCUAUCACCAAUUAUUCGCAAGCAAUUUCAUUCUCAACAGUACCGAAAGGGCCGAUCAGUACUCAAUCUAUCCCUUUGCACAUACGUUCACCAACGUCGAAUCUCGGGCAAAUCAACUCAGAUGCUUCACAAUCCCAGACAUCCAUCCUGGUCAAGCCUUCUCUGCUCGGGUCGCUGCCGGUUCAGCGGUGGGUGAAAUGAACAUGACCGCGGGAGACUUCGUUCUUUCCUACUCAACGCCAGAGUCCAGGGAGACGUUCGAUGGUUUGGUGUCUUUAUUCUUCAUCGAUACGGCUCCAAACCUCAUUCGAUAUAUCGAGACAGUUCGCAAUUGCUUGAAGGUUGAUGGUGUGUGGAUCAACAUCGGGCCCCUCUUGUGGCACUUUGACAACCGUGUUCCCGGAGGGAAUACAGAUGAAGAUGAAGACGAAGACGGCGACGACGGCGAACCGGCUGAAGCUGGAACCAAAACCCAACCCAAACCCGACCUGGAAGACAAAGGCAUCGGCGAACCGGGGUCCGUCGAACUCACAGACGAGGAAGUCGUUCAGCUGGUUUCACACUUGGGCUUUGAGGUGCUUUCCCACGAGAUCCUCCCUGCAGAUUCAGGCUACGUCCAGGACCCGAACAGCUUACUACAGAACCGCUACCGGUGCAGUCACUGGGUCGCGAGGAAGCUCUGA